AGCAAAGUCUCUUGCUUGGUCCUCUAAAUACCCCAAACCCCAAAAAUCCAAAUUCCUCCCCCAAAACCAAAGCUUCUAAACUUGUUUUGCAAUGGCCGAUGAAGCUAAAGCCAAAGGCAACGCCGCCUUUUCUUCCGGCGAUUUCAACACCGCUGUCAAACACUUCACCGAAGCUAUAAACCUUUCCCCGACCAACCACGUACUUUAUUCUAAUCGCUCCGCCGCUUACGCUUCCCUCCAUCAAUACGAUGCUGCAUUAUCCGACGCUAAGAAAACCGUCGACCUUAAACCCGACUGGUCCAAAGGUUACAGCAGGCUCGGUGCCGCUCACCUCGGUUUGCACCAAUACGAAGACGCUGUUUCGGCCUAUAAAAAGGGUAUUGAGAUUGAUCCUAACAAUGAAGCAUUGAAAUCCGGCUUGGCCGAUGCUCAGUCGGCUGCGACGGCUUCGGCUUCCCGAGCUAGGGCAGCGCCGCCGCCCAAUCUAUUUGGUGACGCUUUUCAGGGACCGGAGAUGUGGGCUAAGUUGACGGCGGAUCCGACUACUAGGGUUUUUUUACAGCAGCCGGAUUUUGUUAAAGCGAUGCAGGAGAUUCAGAGAAAUCCUAGCAAAUUGAAUGAGCAUUUGCAAGACCAGAGAGUUAUGCAAGCUCUGGGGGUUUUGUUGAAUGUUAAGUUUAAGGCUGGUGGCGGGGAUGACAUGGAGGUUCCAGAGGCGGACUCACCUCCGGCGCCGUCGCAGCCUGCUAAGCAAGAGUCGAAGAAGCCGGACCCUGUGCCUGAACCAGAACCAGAACCGAUGGAAAUCACGGAAGAGAAGGAGAAGAACGAGAAGAAAGAAAAGGCUUUAAAGGAAAAGGAGACUGGAAAUGCUGCUUAUAAGAAGAAAGACUUCGAGACGGCUAUUCAACAUUACACCAAAGCAAUGGAGAUCGAUGAUGAAGAUAUUUCAUACAUUACCAAUCGGGCUGCUGUUUAUUUGGAAAUGGGCAAGUAUGAAGACUGCAUUAAGGAUUGUGAGAAGGCUGUUGAAAGAGGUAGAGAGCUCAGAGCAGACUAUAAAAUGAUAGCGAAAGCUUUGACUAGGAAGGGAACUGCUUUGGUGAAGAUGGCGAAAUGCUCAAAAGAUUAUGAACCAGCCAUCGAGACUUUCCAGAAAGCUCUUACUGAGCAUCGCAAUCCUGACACGUUGAAGAAACUAAAUGAUGCUGAAAAAGCCAAGAAAGAACUAGAGCAGCAAGAAUAUUUUGAUCCAAAGAUAGCUGAUGAGGAGCGUGAGAAAGGGAAUGAAAGUUUCAAACAGCAGAAGUAUCCAGAGGCUGUGAAGCAUUAUACCGAGUCAUUGAGACGAAACCCCAAAGAUCCAAAGGCAUACAGCAAUAGAGCAGCAUGCUACACGAAAUUGGGCGCUUUGCCUGAGGGAUUGAAAGAUGCUGAGAAGUGCAUUGAGCUAGAUCCAACAUUUUCAAAGGGUUACACAAGAAAGGGAGCUGUUCAGUUCUUCAUGAAGGAGUAUGACAAAGCUUUAGAAACAUACCAAGAAGGGUUGAAGCAUGAUCCGAAUAACCAGGAAUUGCUUGAUGGUGUUAGAAGGUGUGUAGAACAGAUUAACAGAGCUAGUCGAGGUGAUUUCAGCCCUGAAGAAUUGAAGGAAAGACAGGCCAAGGCAAUGCAAGAUCCAGAAAUUCAAAACAUUCUAUCGGAUCCAGUCAUGAGACAGGUGUUGGUUGAUUUUCAGGAGAACCCAAAGGCAGCGCAGGAGCACACCAAGAAUCCUAUGGUGAUGAACAAGAUUCAAAAGCUGGUCACUGCUGGUAUUGUCCAACUGAGAUAAACUGGAACCAAAAUUUCAACUUUUUUCUUCUUUUUAUCCUUUUUCCCAUUUUGUCGGUUGAACUUGAAUGGAUUGUUCAUAAAAGUAGUUCCUGCUGGAAAUGUUCAAUAGUUGCCUGUUAUUUAAAUGGUUUGUUUUUGAGCAGUUAAAACUGUCGCUGGAUUCUAUUAUAUCAUUGAUUUUCAGGUUUUAAAAAAUA